CUCGAGCUCAACAGAUUCAUCAACUCGGCUCUGGGCCUUUAAAGCUCCAAGCCCAAUCACCGGAACCCAACCAGCCCCGUCAUUUCUCCACCACGACCUCGAUCCCCAUACGAAUACUCACGAUGCUAUGAACUGUAGCCAUGCGCUUCUCUGGAUCAUUCAGACACACUCUUUACCUCAACCUGAACCUGGACAAUGCCACAAGUACCGUGUAAAUUUUGGCAGCAAGGGCAUUGCAGAUUCGGAGGUAUGUCUAAAUCCGCAAAACCCCCCUUUUGAAGUGUCUCUCGAAGAGGAAACUAAGAACUACUGCAGACAGAUGCACCUUUUUACAUGAAUCCGGCGGUGGAGGGGCCUCGAAUAAUAACCGCUUUGCGCCCCAGCCCGACAACAGGAGAAAUGGAUACCAAGGUCAGAAUCAAGGAUUCCAUAAUACACAGAACAGACGUGAGGAACUCCCCUCGUUUCCCUCGAAUUUCGCUGACGCCCAGAAGCUUCACAACCAUCAUUUGGAGGGAGAAAUGAGCUACCAUACAGCCUGGACAAAGAUCAGAUCAUAACGGACUUGGCCUCCGAACGACCGCAGUGGAUAUUGUCUGCCUAUGGCCCUGGGAAAUGGGCUCCUGCGCAGCUGUUUGGAGGAGAGGCUCGAGAGAAGAGUUUUGAGGAGAUGAGGUUGGCGCAUUAUAUCGCGACGGCAGCAGGAAUCCAACCCCAAGCUGUGAGGAUGUCUGCGCAUGUUGGAGAUUCUAUAUACUGAUUGAUACCAGAUUCAAGAAGCCGAGCUCCUUUACCAGGCUUCCCAGCAGCAGAUACAGACAAUUCUCAACGAUGUGGACGGGGCGAUCAAUUAUAUCAUUCAGGCGGAAAAAGAUCACCCAAAUAGACUUGAUAUAGUGAAACAAGGACCAACAGGAACUUCACAGGCAAAUCCAUUGAAUGUAGCUAGUCAAACGACAGGUGGUGCUUUUGGGGCGCCUUCACAGCCAGCGUUUGGUGCACCAUCUGGAGCAUUUGGGCAACCAUCAAAUUUGGGACAGAAACCUAAUCCAUUUGGACAGCCUUCAGCCCUAGGACAAACCCCAGGUCCCUUUGGACAGCCCUCGAGUCUUGGUCAAAACCCAAAUCCAUUUGGACAACCUUCAACUCUGAGACAGACAGCUUCACCGGUUGGUCAGCCCUCAGCGUUGGGUCAGAAACCCACUCCAUUUGGAGCGCCCUCUUCAGCCUUUGGACAGCCAUCAAGUACUCCAAGUCCAUUCGGACAACCAUCUGCUCCGAGUAAUACAUUCGGGGCCUCUUCUACUGCCCCAGGUGCAUUUGGGCAGCCAUCUCUCCCUGCCGCCAAUAACGCAUUUGGGCAACCAGCAGCAAAUCCAUUAGCUCAGUCAUCACCUUUUCCGUUCGGCGCUCCUUCACAAGCCGCAACGAGUAAUCCUUUCGGAGCUCCUUCGCAACCUGCUGCAAGUAAUCCUUUUGGGGCCCCUUUGCAACCUGCCCCAUCAAAUCCAUUUGGAGCUGCCUCACAACCACCACAAACAAAUGGAUUUGCUGCAGUAAACCAGCCAUUUGGGGGGCCAUCUCCAGCACCUCCGAAUCCAUUCGGUGCACCUUCGCAACCAACCAAUGGAUCAUUUGGAGCAGCCCCUCCAGCCGCAAGCAAUCCAUUUGGAAAUCCAUCGACUAAUCAACCAAACCCAUUUAACACUCAGCCUGCAGCACCUCAACCAUUUGGAAAUCCAAACCCAAUAGCAGCUGCGGUGAACGGACAAGCUGGACCACAGAGAAAUAUAGUAGAAUAUUCUUCUAGCGGCCCGAAUGGGAGCCUAACAAUGUUCAAAGGAAAGCGAGUCGUCUACGAUGAGGAAAAGCAGGGGCAGGGUAAAACUCCUGUUCCAGGUAUACGAAAUCCAGACGGUACUUGGAUGAAGAUUUGGUUUCCGACAGGAGCCCCGAUGUGCAAGGAUACAGAGAUGGAUGAAGAGUUUUACGAUGAUAGCGUCAAGACAGCAUAUCAGGAGAUGAGUACAACGGGGAGGUUUUCUGGUGGAAAGAUACCUUUGAUACCCCCAAAGAGAGAGUGGUGUUCCUGGGAGUUUUGAGACUUGUUUGUAGGGGUUUAUUAGGCGAUAAGCAAGGGAAAAUUCAUUGCAUCAAAGUGGCGUUGUUUCUUGACUUGGGGCUUGCUGUUGAUGAGAUUUGGAGGAUUAAGAGUAGGAGAAGAAAUGGGUGUAUAACUAUGGUACUUUGGUACGAAGUGACAAUUUACUGUCACGUUUUUAUGAAGAUGUGGUGAGAGUACUUGUUUGGUGUUGUUGUGAGUGUGGGUUGUACUGCAUUAGUCUAUGUUAGCGAAUGAGACUGCAUACAGAUCCCCCGCAAUGGAGAGUUCCAAAAUACGAACGUGAGAAUAUGGUAUGUUUCUACAAGCACAGCUUACGCUAGCACUAUCCGCGGGUCUUCAGUCUCUCACCAUUAAAUUGUCAUCGUUUCGUCACCCCGCC